AUGACAUUCUCUGUGGCUACCGCAUACUUGCAAAUUGAGCAGGAUGAUAAUUAUGCAUGGGCGUUACAAACAUUGCAUGAUCUUAUGGACGACAAUGAUUUACCUGAAGUUAUUGUCACAGACAGAGAGCUUGCUUUGAUGAAUGCCAUUGAGAACACCUUUCCGAAUGCUGGACAUUUGUUAUGUCGUUGGCAUAUUAAUAAGAAUGUAUUAGCGAAAUGCAAGAAAAUGUUUGGGACAAAAAAAAAAUGGGACAAGUUUAACACUGCAUGGAACUAUUUGGUAUUGUCAUCGAUUGAAGAGAAAUAUAAUGAUCACCUUGCAAUACUGCAUGAGGAUUUCAAUAACUAUUCGGAGGCAAUCAAGGUUGAGAGUGCUCAUGCUAGAUUGAACAGUCAAUUAGGUUCAAGUCAAACGACAUUUGAGAUUUCAUUUCAAAAAAUACAUUGUCUACUUAAGUUGCAGCACAUUCAAGUAAAAGCAUCAUUUGAGAAGAGUUUGACAACUGUGCAACAUCAAUUCAAACAUUCUCAAUUCAGAGAACUCUGGGGUAAUGUGUUUAUUUGUGCAUUGGAGUACGUGUUGGCAGAGAGUAAAAGAGAAAAUUCAGUUGGAAUUGAUGUUGCAGCAUGUGGGUGUGUUCUUAGGUGCACGCAUGAUUUACCUUGUGCUCACGAGAUUGCAAAUUACAUGAAACAAGGCCAUCUUAUUCCACUCAGUAGCAUACAUGUUGAGAAAUUAGAAUUGACUUGUAUCCCAGAACUUGAGUUGAUUUUGCAGAGGUUCAAUGAGUCUGAUAUUGCCACGCAAUUGGAUAUGUUAAAGAAGUUAAGGGAAAUUGCAAAUCCAUCGAGCACUUUUCUUAUUGAACCUAAUGUGAAACCUAAUCCACGUCGAGGACAUAAAAAAAUUGAUAUAUCUUGUCAUCGUGACCUGUGUGCAUUUGAGUUGGUUGACGAUGGCCAUGAUAGCCAGAGCACAUUAGAUUCCAGUCAAUCAAAGAAAAAGAGAGCUUUGAAAGUGCAUGAGAAGAAGUGGAAUAUAAAGACAAAGACAUAUCGUACAAAAACAAGUUUACCGAGUGCAUAUGUUGGUGACUUGCCGCCUAUGUUAAUGCCAUUCAUAAAGUUGAUGAAGGAUGUAGAUGGUGAUGAGAAUUGUGGUUUUAGAGCUAUUACGGAUUUACUUGAUCUUGGAGAGAAUGACUGGGUGCAAGCUAAGCGUGAUUUGCUACUUGAAUUGAAUAAUCACGGAGAUGAAUACGUCAUAUUAUACGAGUCACAUGAGAGGGUUAAGGAGCUGACACACAUCUUUUCAUAUUUUGAAGAUAGCCCAAGCUUUUAUCGUUGGAUGACUAUGCUUGACAUGGGGCAUCUUAUUGCAUCAUUUUAUAAUGUAGUCUUAUACCACUUGUCAUUGCAGCAAUGUCUCACUUUCUUACCUUUGAGAUCACUGCCAGUAACCCUAGCUGAUCGUCGCGAGACUGCCAUUGAAUUUGUCAAUGGAAAUCAUUUUGUGCAGAUGUACAUGCAGAUAUUUUUGGAGGCCGGUCAUCCAGUUUCUCCCAUUGUUGUGAUUCAGCGAGCUCACCAUUAUCCUUGUGCAUAUGUUAGCCGCAUUCAAAAAUUCAAAGACAACAUAGGACCUAAUAUAGCUACUCGAGAGACAUUUGAUCACUACAACAAAACUAACUAUUUACGGCAUUAUGUUUACGGCUUGCGUUAA